ACUGUAAUUAUUUUGUCCACAAAGUACAGUACACGCGUCAUAUUUUCGGUCGUUCCAUCGAUCUAGGAUUAAACAUAACCUGCUCUGCGACUACGUUAUUCUCCUAAGAAAAUGAAUGGAUCAUUAACUUAAGCUUUUGUGCUUUUACAAGACAUGCCAUGCCAGUCAAUUGUCAUGUUUGUAGUGAGAUGAAAUGUGAAUUACAAGCAGUUUAUUUCAUCGCCAUGGGAAGAUUCAGUUAUCGAAACGGCACUUCCUUGUUCUGUUCCAGCUGAAAACCAACGCAACGAUCGUCAGAGAUACAUUUGGCCCGAAAUCCAGGGGGCGGAUUUCUUGAAUCCCCGAUCUCUCUCUCUCUCUCUUUCUGUGGGUUUGCCUGUUGCCUUUCACUAGUUACAGCAAGUGAUCCACAAUGUCGUUGAAGGAGAAUUUAGAGAAUUUUCUUGAACACUAUGAUAACAUGGCGGAUCUGUCAUCGUUGGAUGGAUCUGAUGCAUUUGAACUUGAGUUUCUUCAUCUGAAGCAGAUAUCACAGAGGUAUAGAACUGAGAAGGUCUAUCCAACAUCUUCAGGAGAAAGUGAUGUUAACAUGAGGAAAAACAGAUACAAAGAUAUUUUACCUUUUGAUCAUUCAAGAUUUCUGUUGAGUCAGAUUGAGAAUAUAGAAGGUUCAGAUUACAUCAAUGCAAACUAUCUCAAGGGUGUGAGUAAUGACCAUUCAUACUUAGCAGCGCAGGGCCCUCUCCCCCAUACAGUCAAUGAUUUCUGGAGGAUGCUGUGGGAAAGUAACACACAAAUCAUUGUCAUGGCAUGCAAUGAAUUUGAACAAGGGAGGCACAAAUGUGAAAGGUACUGGGUAGACGAUGGAGAGGAACAUUCGUUUGGAGAUAUAGUUGUCACACAAAUAACACAAAGGAGGGUAACCAAAGACUUUAUGAUCAGAACCUUGAAAGCCACUAGGGUAAGUAGACAUAUCCAUGCCAAGUUCUCUGGCAUAUAUGAAAACAUCCUCAUUUUAUAGUAGGCCUAUAAAUAUAAUUGGCCUAUACUCCUUUGUCUGCCUCAUAGUGCCUGCCUAAAGAACAGAAUGGAAUUUUAUGUUUCUGUUACAUUCUCCUGCAAUAUUUCAAUUAUUCAUAUUCCUGUUUAAAAAGCAUUUUAAUGCCGAUGUACAUUUUUGUCAAGAUUUGAUAAGAAUUAGAAAGAGUUCACUCCCGUAAACAUAAAUUUGCAGGUAUCAGCUUCAUGAAAAAGCUGGUGUUUUGCAUUACUACUAUAAGCAAGUAGAGAUUUAUACAUAUCCAAUGACAUGAAUGAAUACAUGGAUGUCAAUUUACAUUUAGCUUUAGCCAUUAGUUUUCAACAGCCAUUUUCAUGCUGAAACAGACACGAAUGCAUUCAUUAUCAUAAAGCAAAUGGACUACUGUCUUUCCAGGUGCUUCUAAAAAAAAAAUCAGUAUUAUUUUAGUUCUGAAAUUGGCAAGUUACGCUACACCUAUAGUGUUGAGCAUGUGUAGAAGUUGAUGAUGAUCACAAAAUACCAAUGAUAAACAUCAGUUUAGAGCAGUAGCAUGUGCAGGAUUUUUUAAGGGGGAGGGGUUCAAGCUGAAUGAAAUGUUAACAACCCUCCUCCCCCCAAAAAGGUCUUCACCACCAAAUUUAGGUCGUUUCCUACACCAACAAAAAAAUUGACAAGCCCCCCCCC